GCAUUAUUUUUUGUAUUAAUAAAAUGUCAGUUUUGUUUUAGCAUCGAAAUCCUUGAAGAAAAAGCUGGUCUUCUCACGCUGUAUAUGGCUACGCUUUCGCUCACUCUUCUUAACUGUGCGAGCACCGUCGAGAAUCCCCACACCACAUUUUCUUCAUCGUUCACCACUCUCUCUCGCAGGAGUGGAUAUAGCACAUGCUCUUUUGCCAAGAAAUCAUUGAGGAAAUCCAUAAGAGAUGAACUAGAGGCAUCCGGAGAUAUCUUAGAUGAUAAAUUUGUUCAAAAUGACAACUUGGACACUUCUCUCAAUCCAGCUGCCAAGAAUUCUAACCCUUUUCCUUCAAGGAGUGCCGUGCUUCAAGCUUGCAUAAUAACUUCUGGUCUUAUAGCUGCUUUGGGAUUAGUGAUUCGGCAGCUGUCUCAUGUCGCAUCUGUGGAAGGAUUGCCAGUCUUGGACUGCUCUACAGAAGUAUCAUUUGGUUUUGAAUUGUGGCACCUUGAGUUGAUUACAGGACUUGUAGUGUUAAUAUCAUCAUGUCGCUAUUUACUAUUGAAGACAUGGCCAAAUUUUGCAGAAUCUAGCGAAGCAGCGAAUAAACAGGUCCUUAGCUCACUUCAGCCUUUGGAUUAUAUUGUCGUUGCAUUCUUGCCUGGUAUUAGUGAGGAACUCCUUUUCCGAGGAGCAAUUCUUCCACUUUUGGGAACGAACUGGAAUAGUAUUGGGAUUGCUGCAUUGAUCUUUGGUGUUUUGCACCUGGGCAAUGGUCGAAAGUAUUCCUUUGCCAUCUGGGCAACUUUUGUUGGUCUUGCAUAUGGAUAUGCUACAAUUUUAUCUUCUAGUGUGGCGGUUCCCAUGGCUUCUCAUGCAGUGAACAAUCUGAUUGGAGGGAUUUUAUGGCGGUACACGUCAAAUACACCAAACCAGAAACUGAAUGAAUGAUUGCCAUCUUCAUGGCUAAGUCACUGGCUCUCUAUAAUCUAACCCUCCCUGCCCUGGGUUUGAUCUAUAUGUGAGACUCGUGAUUGGGAAAUCAUGGAGCAACAAGGAAGUUUGCAAAUACUAGUAGUAAUGGAAGCUCUGCUCUCCUCAAUUGUUUAAGGAAAAGUUCAUGUUUGUAUAUUACAUACUAUUUAUAGGUCUCUGUUAUAGUCCUCUGAAAACAUGUCAUGAAAUUAUUUACCGUAAAUAGAUAACUGUAAAUUGUAAUGACAACGAGGUCACUUGGCUUGCUUGUUACCAAUUUGACUUUAUUUGUCUCCUAUUUU